UAUCUGGGCGUUAACGGGUACGCCCACUUCAAGUUCUUAAGAUACAAUGGCAGAAGAAGAGGAGGAUUUGCCGGUCGAAAGAGAAGAGAUAGAGCAGAUAGAACCUCCCAGCCAGCAAGAAGACGGAGAGAAAGAAGAGCCUCGUCCUACCACGUCUCCUCUACCUGAGACUGGUAGCAGCGACCAAACAAACUCGCCUACUAAUGACAGCCUCACACUCCACUCAGAACUUGAGUCUGUAGAACUUAGUACCACCAUUAGUCCUUCUACCCCUCUUCCUCUUGGGGCUACUAACGGGUCAGCAGAGAAAAAGAGACAGAACCUUUUAUUGAAUAAUAACAAAUCUCCUGCCAAGACCAAGUUCUCUUUUUUUAAAAGGAAGAGUUCAGGUGCUGCUUCAUCAGGAGCUCUUCCUCCUACCUCAACGACUGGACUCAUUCUUGAAGGAAGACCAAAAGGUCUCCCUGCAAAGACGCCUGCCGAAGAAAAGAAACAUCAGAAACUCUACCAAGAGAUGAUCCAAGCUACGAAAAAGAAAGAGUUACAGCAUGCUAGUGACACUCAUAAAAUGGAGCAGAAGAGACACACAAAGGAAGAUCAAAUUGCAGUAGCCCAGAAAAAAUGGGCCGAAAUAUUGCCAAAAUUUGACUCUUUACGAAAUCGUAAAGAGGUUAAGGAGUUAUGGUGGGCUGGGUUGCCUCCUGGAGUAAGAGGAUUAGUGUGGAAGAAAGCAAUUGGAAAUGACCUUAACAUAUCUCCAGAUUUAUACAUGAUUUUCUGGAAGAGAUUCCAGGAGAGGCUAGACCUUGCACAGCAAAGAGGGAGGAGUGAUUCAGUUGCAUCUGUGACGAGUAUCAGUAGAGAGAGCAGUGUGGAUGUAAUUCAUCUUGAUUUACAGAGGACAUUCCCUACACUUGGCUUCUUUCAAGAAGGCAGUCCAUUAUGUCAGGUGUUACAUAAUGUAUUAGGUGCUUAUGCUUGUUAUAGACCUGAUGUUGGAUAUGUACAGGGUAUGUCGUUUUUGGCAGCUGUAAUUAUUUUAAAUAUGGAGAAUGAGGCUGAUGCUUUCAUUGCAUUGGCUAAUCUUUUAAACCGGGCGUCGUAUUUGGCGUUUUUUAAAGUUGACCAGGAUCAAAUGAAACCUUACUUUACUGUUUUCUCGUUGCUCUUGGCCGAAUCUCUUCCGAAGGUUUCUGCUCAUUUCAAUCAGUUAGGGUUUCAUCCUCAGUUCUACCUCAUAGAAUGGAUAUUCACCAUCUACACACGUAACUUGCCACUGGAUGUGGCUUGCAGAGUUUGGGACUUGUUUUGUCGCGAUGGAGACUUCUUCUUGUACAGGACAGCCUUAGGUAUUUUAAAUAUGUAUCAGCACCAGUUGUUGCAGUUUACAAGUAUUGAAGAUGUCGGCCAUUUUUUGGGGCAUUUGCCGUCAACUCUUGACUCAGACCAGCUGUUCAGCAGCAUUAGCUCAAUUCCACUUACUGAGAAAAAAUUCAGUCAAUUAUUAACACAAAAUAAAACGAAAUAAUAAUAAUAUUAAUAACACAAAGUUUUAAUCCUGCCUUAUCAUUAUUAUAAUUAUUAUACUAUUAUUGUUGUAUUAUUAUUUGUAUUGUUUAAAAAAAAUAAUGAUUUAUGCUUUAA